AUGUCUGGCAAAGUAUAUCUCAUCACUGGCGUCAACAGGGGCAUUGGCCGUGGUCUUUUCAAAUUCUACGCCUCGCAGCCCAACAACACCGUAAUCGGGACGGUCCGCGACCUGAAACACGCCCAGGCGCUGCUCGAUGAGCCGCGGGGCACCGACACCAAUCUGAUCAUCACCAAGCUCGACGGCUCCUCCAAGACGGACCCCUACUCCGCCGUUCGAAUCCUGCUCCCUCCACCUCCUCCCCGCUUACCCGUGGCAAGGAUAACCCGGCUGGCUAUCGACAACAACCACCCGCCUGUGCCGUCGAGCCCACACUUGUUGGGAACUUCGUCUCCAUGGCUACAAACGACCGACAGCUCCGCUGUUUGGACACAGGCCCCUCUCGAUGAAGAGCCGUCAACUGCCGUCAGACGAAUCCUCCGUGCGCCUGAAGGCACGGGGUCGCGUCAGUGA